AUGCAGGCCACAGAAGGGGAUGCCAAACCGACGUGCCUUCCAUCUAGAUUAUUCUCUGCCUUUUCCGCAUCGAAUAACGAUGGCCCCUUCUAUGCUCCUGGCCUAAACCCAAAAAGCAGUUUCCUUCUUGGCACUAGGUACGAAUCCUCCGCAGCUGCAGCUGACACUACGGAUCCUGUAGGCGAGAGGUUUGAGUACCAGGCCGAGGUAUAACGCUCUCUCGUAUGACAUUCAUAUAUUUCAAAAAGGAUAAUUAGAGCUUGAGAUAGUGAUAUUCAUUUCUGCUCCGUGAUAGGUUAGUCGCCUCAUGGACUUAAUAGUUCACAGCUUAUAUAGCAACAAGGAAGUAUUCCUUCGAGAGCUAAUCAGGUACGUCUCUAUUUCAUAUUUGAUCUCCUUUAACGCGCUGCUUUGACUAACUCGAAGUUAUUUUCCUGUCCUCUGCCUUUCCCUAGCAUCUUUUUGAUAGUUUCACCAGAUCACUUUAGCUGCUUGACUUAACCAUCCCUGAACGAAUCUUUUGAUUCCAUUCUAUACAAUGGUACUGAGCCCCCAUGGUGUGAUUUCUUUAAACUCCUGACGGCGUGGGGACUCCAUGCUAUGCAUUAUGCAACUAUCAUGGCGUUAAUGGCUUUUAGCGGAGCCUGUAUGCUGAUAUUAUUUUUCUUAAGAAUAUGUUUAGGUACCACUAUUGAAUCUUCUCAUGGCUUGAGAUGUCGCUAUCUAGGUGCAUAUACUAUUAUUAGCCUCGAUUCUUGGAUAAGAUCAGAUUUUUUGAAUGGCUGUUGUGGAUGAUAGAUAUUUUAUAUCUCAUGUUACAACUAAGUUCUACACCUUUGAGAACAUUUUGGUAUGGCCAACUGCAGUAAUGCAAGUGACGCUCUUGACAAGCUACGCUUCUUGAGUGUUACGAACCCUGAUCUCAUGAAGGAAGCUGUUGACCUUGAGAUUCGUAUUCAGACAGACAAGGAUAAUGGGAUCAUCACUAUUACGUAAGUAUCUUAUUUUCCUCUCUAUUUUGAUAUUUUGAGCUCAUGAAUGAAAUUAAUCUUUUUUGUCAGCGACACGGGCAUUGGCAUGACAAGGCAAGAACUUGUUGAUUGUCUUGGAACUAUAGCACAGAGUGGAACAGCAAAAUUCCUGAAAGCAGUGAAGGUUGUUGGAACUGUUUUUGGUGUGCAGAGUGAUGAAUUCACUUAUUGCUGUGAAUAGUAGGGUCGAUUGCCCGCAUUUGAGUUUUGUCCUAAUAUUUCAUCUUUUUUUUUGGGAUGACAGGAAAGUAAUGAAGCUGGUGCGGAAAGCAAUUUGAUAGGGCAGUUUGGUGUGGGGUUCUAUUCAGCUUUUCUUGUCUCCAGUCGGGUUGAGUGUCUAACUGAAAUGCUAGAAACUGUGUUUAUACAAAAAAAAAUAGUUUAAAAUAUUUUUUCUGAGAAAGAAUUGCUUCUUCUGCUAUGUGUCGAUAGGUCACCGUCUCCACAAAGAGCCCAAAAUCAGACAAGCAAUAUGUAUGGGAAGGAAAGGCUGACGAUGGUUCGUACACAAUUCGAGAGGAAACAGACCCAGAAAAACUAAUUCCUAGAGGGACACAGAUAACAUUAUAUCUUAAAGUUAGCAUCUCAAUAUAUUUGUCUUACUGUUAAUUUUGUUUCUUGAACGCCUCUAAAUUUGGCCUUCUCUUUCACUUUGCUUUACAGCAUGAUGACAAGGCUUUUGCUCAUCCUGAAAAGAUCCAGAAUCUCGUAAAAAAUUACUCGCAGUUUGUUUCUUUCCCUAUAUACACUUGGCAAGAAAAAGGAUUUACAAAGGAGGUACGCAUUGAGAUAUUGAAGUAACUUGAUUUUUAAUGGAUCUCACCUUUUUUUAGGUUCUACUUUUCUUUCAUGAUUACAGUCCUAGGACCGACGUUGUUUCUCCGUACUAUUGUAUUUCAUGGUUCCUGGCGGAUAUCAUUAUAGCUGUUUUUUGUUGGUCAUAAUAAAUAGGUCGAGGUUGACGAGGAUCCCAGUGAAGAGAAGAAGGAAGGCAAUGAAGAUGUCCAAACUGAGGUAACCCUCCCGCUAAUUUAUCAAUUGUCCUUGGCUCUAUGUUAUUUCUCAUUACCUAAACUCAAUAUUUUUAAAAAAAAUGCGUGUUACCUUGUUUGCAGAAGAAGAAGAAAACAAAAAAAGUGGUCGAACGAUAUUGGGACUGGGAACUUACGAAUGAGACUAAGCCCAUAUGGGUGAGUUUGUAGAGAUCUUUUUUUGAAACUUUUUCUUUCGAAGAACCUUAGCACCUGAGUUCUUGCUCGAUGUUUCUGGGAUUAAUUUGCAUUAUGCAUCUUUCUUUUUUUCUCCCAGCUUCGGAAUCCGAAGGAUGUGACUACUGAGGAGUAUAACGAGUUUUACAAGAAUACCUUCAAGGAAUACUUGGAUCCUUUAGCAUCAUCGCACUUCACAACUGAGGUGACUUUUUUAUUAAUAUUAAAAUUAAUAUGAUGGGAUGGUCUGAGACAGAUGUAUGAUCGAUCCAUUUUUUGCGUAUGGUUUCCCUGAACAUCAUUUCAAUUCACUCCUGUAGUUAAUUUUGGUGGGUCUGAACCCUCGACUUUUGCUUUGGCAGGACGGUGAUCUGACUAAUUGAACUGUUUUUUUGAUGUCAUACGUUCACUUGCCGCAGAAUCCAAUUUGUUUCGUGCAAUAUCUGAGAACCUAAGUGCAGGCUAUUGUCAAUUAUCUCUGCUGUUUUUUACAUCGUUGAUCAUACACUCUGUAUUUAUUCAUUAUUAGGUAAAAAUAUGCAUAUUUAUUUAUACGUGAUGCAUUUGAAUAUCAAUAGUCAUAUCAUUUAAUAGCCUGCUCACAAAAGGGACGUACUGUUGAAAUAGUUUUUCUUUUUACAGUCGUUUAUCCGUGGUAUUCUAUGUUUAGACGUUGGAGACAGAAUGUGUUGUUACAUAUGAGAUGAUUAAGAUAGCAUGUUGUAUACAUGGAACCUUUAAAGGAACUGGAAUUGCUAUUAAUCUUUUUUAAUGGCAUUUGCCUUUCUUUGAAUGCCAUAAAUAUUUAUUUGAGAUGGUAAAACUAAUGAAAAAUGACAAAAGGAACCCCACUAUGGUAGGAUCGAGUUACAACCCAUGUAGAAGAAACAAUCAGAAUAAAUUAUUCGGAAAUUAUUUUGGAAUACAAAACUUGUGAAGGGCGGAAACUUUUGCUCUCUGAAUUCGUGGCAUCCAAUGGCUUUAUAAUAGCAUGGGAUUUUCUCACUUAUGCGUUCCUCAGAAGCAGUUGCUAUCUUCUGAAUUAUGACAUAGCUAUCUAUUGGAAUUUGGAACACCCGAUGCCCUUUCUGUAUACUCUUUUUGCCUUUUCAGUUACAUGUCUUGAAAUUUAGGUAGCAUUCUGCUUUUGGUUCUAACCCAAUCAUAUUUUUGCAUCAGGGUGAAGUUGAGUUUAGGUCUAUCCUAUUUGUGCCAGCUUUAAGUCCUGCAGGAAGAGGAGAUGACAUUGUCAAUCCAAAGACGAGGAACAUAAGGCUUUACGUCAAACGUGUUUUCAUCUCUGAUGAGUUUGACGGCGAACUUGUAUGACCUGUACUCUUAUCACUUAUACGUCGUCACCGAUUUCUCAGUUUGACUUAACUGGCUUCUUCGUUAUUGUCUUGACUAGUUCCCGAGGUACCUAAGUUUUGUGAAGGGUAUUGUGGAUUCAAAUGACCUUCCGCUGAAUGUAUCGCGUGAAAUCCUCCAAGAAAGCCGCAUAGUAAGUGCGCUAUUGGUCAUUGUUACGCUUUUCUCUGUCUGGUUUUUUCAACGCUUCUAAUUUCUGGCUUCUAUGCACCCUCAUUGCAGAUACGAAUAAUGAGAAAGCGCCUUGUUCGGAAGGCUUUUGAUAUGAUUUUGGGUAUUUCUCUCAGUGAGAACAGAGAUGUAAGUAUACUUUGUCUGACAGAUACCGCUUUAUGCAAACCGUUAUGGAUUCUAAAUCUUUCUCCAAACAUGAUGCCUUCCUAUUACAUGUAUAUAUGUGGACUGUUGCCUCAGGACUACGACAAGUUCUGGGAGAACUUUGGUAAACACUUGAAAUUGGGUUGCAUGGAGGACCACCCAAACCACAAGCGCAUAGCACCACUGCUCAGAUUUUUCUCGUCUCAUAGUGAGCAAGAACUGAUCAGCUUAGACGAGUAUGUGGAGAAUAUGAAGCCCGAACAAAAGGAUAUUUACUAUAUUGCAGCUGACAGCUUGACAAGUGCGAAAAACACUCCUUUCCUGGAGCGGCUUCUUGAGAAAGAAUAUGAAGUAUGGAUUUUAAUUGAUUCCCAAUUCUAAGCUUUGUCAACCGGGUUACAUCAUUCCUAUUUUUCCUUUCUUUUUUUUUCUUUUUUUUCUCCCACAUCCUUCUACCACAAGUAUCUAUCUAACCGCAGAUUUUGCGACCAUCGCUCCGCAGGUUCUGUUCUUAGUUGAUCCCAUAGACGAGGUGGCCAUUACAAAUCUUAAAUCCUACAAGGAAAAGAAUUUUGUGGACAUCAGCAAGGAGGACCUGGAUCUGGGUCAGACUCUGCUUCCGCCUGCUUCUACUCCUUUGAUUCUUCCGCGAACCGAGAGUUUGAAAUCAUCUCGAAUCUCUGGGCAGGUGAUAGGAACGAGGAGAAGGAGAAGGAGAUCAAGCAGGAAUUCGGCCAAAUGUGCGACUGGAUUAAGAAGAGGCUGGGGGACAAAGUAGCCAGUGUCCAGAUUUCUAACCGGCUCAGUACAUCUCCAUGUGUUCUUGUCUCUGGGAAAUUUGGCUGGUCUGCGAACAUGGAAAGGUUAGUUCUUCCUUAUGCGUUGACCCCACCACUCACCUCUCAAACCAUCGAAUACUAAUGUCUGCAUCAUGCAUGUCGUGUUUCGUGCAGGUUGAUGAAGGCUCAGACGAUUGGGGACACAAGUAGCUUGGACUUUAUGCGCAGCAGAAGAGUGUUUGAAAUUAACCCGGACCAUCCCAUAAUCAAAGACUUGAAUGUAGGGCAUUUCAACCUCAUAAUCAAAUCCUUGAUCUUUUCAUAGCCACAAACACGAUAUUUUGUUUUUGUUUACCAGCUUAUGAUCAGAAACCGAAUAUAUUGGCUUUGUUCGUCAAAUAUUUCGUUGCUCUACAGGUUGCCUGCCGAACUUCUUCUGACGAUCCAGAGGCGCAGAGGGCCAUUGACCUUCUCUAUGAUACGGCUUUGAUCUCCAGCGGCUUCACUGUGAGUAGCAAAAGCCACCGUCGCAUUUUUCUCUAGAUAUUCUCCAUAUUUCAAUGCAUGAAAUUAUAUUUUUAGUAAAGGAUUGGUUAGAUAUAAAAAAUAAAUCGAAAGACGAAUUAUGACAUUUAUUUUCAUUUUUUUUAUGUUUAAAUUCAGAUUUAGGGAAUUCGUGGGGGGCGAAUCUGAUUAUAUCCUUAUGUUGUGAUCGAACUUAAUUUAUUUUUCCACCUCGUGUUCCUGCAGCCCGACAAUCCUUCCGAGCUCGGUGGGAAGAUCUAUGAGAUGAUGGGCAUGGCGCUUUCUGGCAAAUGGGCGGCGCCGCCUGCUGAGAUCGUGGAGCCGCCCGUUCAAACCGAAGGAUCGACAAAUUAA